CCACCUACCCGAGCGACCUCAGGUCCCCUAAAAUCUGGGGGCGGCAUUCAGUCAGCAACAAGCACCCGCCGAGAAGACCCUCAAGAUGGCCCCCAAUCCGUACCUCCUCGCAGCCGACAACCCAGAGGCUUUGCUCUCUCUCUUGCGCCAAGACCCCUCCCUAGCUUCGGUUCAAGACGAGCACGGCUACUCCCUCGUGCACGCGGCCGCCAGCUACAACCACCUCGACCUCCUUCGAGCCCUGAUCCGCGAGUUCAAGGUCCCUGUAGAUAUCAAGGACGAAGACGGCGAGACCGCGCUGUUCGUAGUCGAAACCGUCGAGGCCGCCCGGGUCCUCGUCGAGGAGUUGGGCCUGGAUGCCACGAUCCAAAAUGAUGAGGGCCAGACGGCCGCAGAGAAGAUAGAGGCCGAGGCGGACUGGCCCGCGGUAGCGGAGUAUCUCCGCGGUCCAGAUGGGGGCUCGUCGGCUAACAACGGUACGCCGAAUGGGACGGCAUCGAACGGGACCGGCCUGCCCCCCGUCCCGGAGGGCUUGCAAGUUACGAUGGGUACAAUUGAUGAGGCAGAGGUGAAUGGCCAGCAACCCGAUCCCGAGUUCCGCAGACGGAUAGAGGAACUAGCCGCCAGGGAGGAUUUUCAGACACCUGAGGGUCAAGCCGAGUUGCGGAAGUUGGUCGAAGAGGCAAUCGGCGGAGGGGUCUUCGGCGAGGACCGUAAUGUUCGGCCGCGUCAAGAGUGAGCUUCGGCAAUAGG